UCUUUGGUGCUAGAAACACACUUUGUCGCCGACUGCUUCCGGAUCCGCCAUAAUCGUAGUGGAUACGUUUCCGUGUAACAAGUUUGUGUAAUUUACGCUUAGCUACCACAGUAAUCUCAACUACUCGAAGAUGUCAACGUUAAUGCAGAAACCAAAGAGUGAGAUGACGCCUGAAGAACUGCAGGCCCGGGAGCAAGAGGAGUUUAACACUGGGCCUCUGUCUGUGCUCACCCAGUCAGUCAAGAACAACACACAGGUCCUUAUUAACUGCCGAAACAACAAAAAGCUUCUUGCUCGGGUCAAGGCUUUUGACAGGCAUUGUAACAUGGUCCUGGAAAAUGUAAAGGAGAUGUGGACAGAGGUCCCUAAGACAGGCAAAGGAAAAAAGAAGUCAAAGCCUGUUAACAAAGAUCGCUACAUUUCAAAAAUGUUUCUCCGUGGGGAUUCUGUGAUUCUUGUGCUAAGAAAUCCAUUAGCAUCUGCAAAGUAACUUUGUUGUUCUUGUGUUAGCAAGUGCAUGUGGUCAGUGUUUGUGUACUUCACGUCUUCAUUUAUCACUAGGACAGAUCUGCAUUGUUUUGGUAUUAUCAUAUCUUCAUCCCUUUUAAAAAGAAAAAUGUGAAGUAGGACAGAUGAAGGUUCUUCUGUAAGCACUGGAUAGAAUGACUUGUAGACUCCUUGUGCUGGAGCUGUCUGCUUGAACAUAGUAUAUGCAAAGUAUCGUAAUUGCUGUAUGAGAAAUAAAUCUUCAUUUUAAAAAUUACUGCUGGAAACUGUACCUAAAGUGGAGGUAGAAAAAGAUAUUUUUGUUAACUACUCAGUUGCACUUUCUUACUACUCAGUUGCACUUUCUUUGCCCCAGACAGGUGUUGUAUGUGAUGUGGAUAUUUGGUGUACAAGGCAGUUAACAAGAUGCAUUUAUUGAUGAAGUUUGCAAAGUAAAGUCUUUUUUAGAAAAGUU